AUGGCACCCGUCUCGCUCCUCGCCGCCUCUGUUGCCUCGGUGUAUAUUGAGAGCCUGCUUUACGGAAUCUUGUUUGUGCUCUCUGUCGCAUCCCUGUCCAUUUUAAUACGCCGAAGAGAGGAGCUGAUCAACUCUCCGGUAAAUGCGAGAGUUAUUCGACAAGCUGCUAUCAUCACGCCCAUGUCCUUGGCUGCCCUAUUUCUGUUCAUUACCAACACCGCUCAUUGGAUUCUCGGUGUCUACCGUGGAUUUCAGGCAUUUGUGCUCUGUGAUGGAGGGACACUGCCCACGGAAUAUCUCAGUGACAUGCGUAAACCGACAGAAAUUGUCCAAAUCUCGCUGCUCAUGUCUUCCUUGAUUAUCGGCGACGCUAUGAUUAUUUACCGGUUGUGGAUCGUAUGGGGAUACACCUGGUUCGUUAUCAUCUUCCCUGUUGGCACACUUGUGGGUUUGGCAGUGGGGAUUGUCGUUUCGCUAGCAAUGCUCCUGCCUGGACAAGAUAUAUUCGACACUGCGGCAGGACAAUGGAUCACGGCGAACUGCGUUUUCACACUUUGCACUAACGUCUAUAGCACAGGCUUCAUUGCAUGGAGAAUUUGGAGAGCUACCAGAAGUGCGAAACAGUAUGGCGGUAGUAGUCUGAUGGGCGUCAUGGGUAUUUUGAUCGAGAGUGCUGCUCUCUACACCGCGUGGACUAUCCUCUUCUUCGUAACCUAUCAUACCCGUUCCAACCUUCAGUACACUUUCAGCGAGACGUACUGCGCGAUUGCCGGCAUCGCGUUCAUGUCAAUCAACGUGCGCGUUGGCCUGGGCUGGGCGCAGCGCGCGCAUAACGACUCGUCGGACAUUGCAUCCGGCGCAGGACUCGGCCCGCACGAGCGGGAGCAGUCGUUCGCGAUGGGACGCGUCGCGGUCAACAUCACGAGGGUCGUGCACCGGGACGACGGGUCCGACGAGCCCCCCAUCAAAUUCGCGUCCGACAGCAGCCUCGAUCUGCGGCGUCCUCGCAGCGACAGCAAGAGCGAUUAUUUUACCAAUGAUCCUCAAGGGUCAUGA